AUGAAUUCAAAUAAUUAUAGUACAAACAAUUUUGAAAACUAUAGUUCAAUUCUUCCAGUGCUCAAAGUUAUAAAUAACUUGCCUACUCAGACAAGUAUUAUUAAUGAAUUUACAUUAAACAGAGAACAACGAGCUGCAUUUAUGAUCAUAACAAGUCAUCUUGAUGGUGACAAGCGAUGUCGCAUAGGUGACAAUAAUGGUCAACUCAUAAUGUGCAUACCUGGUUGUGGUGGAACAGGCAAAUCGCAACUUAUUCGUGCUCUUACCAAAUAUUUUCUCGUCACAAAAAGAAUGCAAAUGAUGAGGAAGCUUGAACCGACUGGAAUUGCUGCUGCUGAAAUAGAUGGAAUGACAAUUCAUUCAUUUUUGGGUGAACAACGCAAUUCAGGAAAGCCACGAACCAUUAAACUGGAUGACUCAAAACUUGAGAAAAAAUGGAGAUCAGUCGAACAUGUUUUAAUUGAUGAGACGAGCAUGGUUGUUCCAUUCGGUGGUGUAAACAUUAUCUUCUUUGGUGAUUACUUACAAUAUCGACCUGUACAUGAUGCACCAUUACACACUGAUUUUUCAUUACCAUCCAAAGAGAAAUUGGGUAAACUACCCACAGAAAAAGAAAUUCAACAACGUGUUGCACGUUCUUUAAUUCUUCAAAUUAACUGCGUGGUAAAACUUACUCAACAGAUGUGCACAGAAGAUUCACGGUACCUUCAGCUACUCGAAUAUCUUCGUCAUGGACAAUGUAAUUAUGACGACUAUGAAUUAUUGCUGACACAAGUAGUUGGGCAACCAUCAGUAGGCUCCCUCUGUAAUUCACCAUGGAAUAAAGCUCCGAUCCUUGUGUUUCGAAAUGAAGUACGAACACAAUUGAACAACAAGGCAGCAAUUCACAAUGCAGCUCAAUUAGGCCACGUCCCGAUGGUAUGCGCCGCUCAAGACACUUGUAAUGGCAAACCAAUUGAAGAUCCUAUACUUAUAAAAAAAUUAUUGGAAUUAUCUGAUAGCAAGACAGAGCAUUUACCUGGUUUAUUACCUUUUGUUCCUGGAAUGCCUGCUAUUGUAACACGAAACAUUGCUAUUGAACUUGGUCUUAUCAAUGGUAUUAAUGGAAUCUUUCGACAAUUAGUCUAUCAGACAGAUUCUGUAUCAACAGAUGUUUUAUCGGAAAUAUUUCCAAAUAAUACACAAUACAUUCAUCGACCAUUAUAUGCAUUAAUAGAAAUUGCCAAAUCAAAAAUUGAAUCCAAUCUUGAAGAACUUCAACCAAAACUUGUUCCAAUACCAGUAAUCGAACAAACAUUUCUGAUAUUCUUCCAAAAGACAAGAAACCAAAAUCAAAUUGAAAAGCAAUUUUAUUGA